AAUUAACAAGAUGGAUUGCUGCUUUAUUUUAUGUCCUUGGUGUUAGGUUAGCGUUGGAUUUCUCAACUGUUGUACAUGCCAUAAGCAAUUUGAAAUGCUCGAAUGCAAUGGUUUACCUGUAACUUGUCCCAGAUGUGUCAAUGUACAUAUUCAUUAAAAACCAUUUUAGAUUAGAUUAGAUACUUACUAUCAAAGCGAUGAAGAUGUUCAGUUACAUUAAAAUUGUUAUAGAAAUUCAAAAAGAAUGUUUUAUCAUUGCCAAUGUUGCAAUGGUUAUUUCUGCAGAUGCGUGUAAGACAUUUCUCUUAAACUUUAAGUGAAAACCAACUGAAGAAAUAAAUUGUUUUAAUUCCUUGUCCCCUCCUCAAAAGAAAGGCUUAAAAAGUUUGAAAGUAAC